AAGAAGACUCAUCCUCAACUGUUUUCCAACUCGCCCAAAAUGCUUCCUUUACUGUCGCACCUGUUCCAUACCCACUAUUCGCACACCAACUCUCGGUCUAUAUCGCCUCUAGACUCCUUGCUUCGCAUGCGGCAGUGUUUCGCAGCCUAAGAUCCGUCGCCUGACCGUCACCCUCGGGGUCGCUCUGUCCAAACACCACAGCAACAACAACAUGGCCUCAAUAUUCACGUUUGACCCUGAUCCGCCACGAGUGUCUUCUCCGUGGUCGACUCCUCCCCCAGACGCUAGGCCAAACCAUGCGAUCCCGCAGGAUUCCGCAACAAUUCCAUCCCGGGCGGUAACCGCUGCGGCCCACCGAGCUUUCCCCAACCCCGUCAGCGUGGACGAGGAUUACAGUGGCAUUACGAGGCUAGAGGCAGAACCGCAAGAGGGGCCUACAGAGUACAAGCUUCAUCUGCUGCUCCGGCGCCGCAGAUCCUUCACACGGACCAGUACCGGACGACAUAUCUCAGGGUCACUGCGUCGCACAGAACCUCCUGCCUCCUCAUCUGUCAGCCGCAGUGUGUCUGAGGCUGGACUCCUGUCGAACACUCCUCCUCCCCUGUCAUCCACCCAAGCGCGGCAGCACCGCCUUGAACAGUUGACCACUCAGUUACUGUGGCGAUUGCAGCAGUCUUGCCCGUAUCACAUAUCCUCGUCCACAGACCUGGUCCUGCCACAUCUCGCAGGUGAGGCAAACCUCUCUGCCCCUGCAGUGCCCAGGCAGCUCCUUCCCGGUCUGGAGGAGAGCAAGGGCGCCCUGUACGAGAUCGGGGUCGCUGAUGAUGGCUCUUUUGUGGGUUUGGCUGAAGAUGAAAUGGAAGAGAGCCUAAACAAUUUACGUGCAAUGGCUGCGAGUCUGGGCUGUUGCGUGGAUAUCCUCCGCAUGGUCGCUGUAGGUGACUGUGAGUGGGUUGAAGAUCUGCUACAGCAAAGCGUGAAGUCCGGGAAGCUCUGGGUUGCGGAAGCCUUCAUUCGACCAGAUCAAAACCUGAUUGAUCAGGAGGACGCCAAAGAAGGCCAGAAGGAUUCUAGCAUCUCACCACCCACCCCUGCCCUUAGUGUUCCUCCCUCUGUAGCAGCCACCAAUGACUUUCCGAGAUGCACCCAACAGCUACGCAUAUCGCUGACUGGUGCUACCAUGUCUGGUAAAUCCAGCCUGCUUGGUAGCCUGUCCACAGCCACCCUAGAUAACGGGCGGGGAAAGAGUCGGUUAAGCCUUUUGAAACAUAGGCAUGAGAUUGUCUCCGGGAUGACGAGCUCUGUUACACAGGAGUUGAUUGGCUACCAGGAUGUGAACGACCAGAACGGUACGAGAACUUCAGCUCAGGUGGUCAGUUAUGGCGCUGGCAAUGUGUCUUCGUGGGUCGAUAUCCAUGCGACCGCAGAAGGGGGGAGGUUGGUAUUUAUUUCUGACUCUGCGGGACACCCCCGCUUUCGUCGAACAACUGUCCGAGGACUUGUGGGUUGGGACCCCCAUUGGACUUUGCUCUGCAUACCUGCAGACAACACAGAAGAUUCUUCUGGGAGAAUUGGCGCUUCCACAACUUCCCAGGAGGUGCUUGGUCCGGGCGCUGCAGACGUUGACCUUUCGCAGACCCACCUCCAACUCUGCCUGAAUUUGGGAUUACCUUUGCUAGUCAUCAUCACAAAAUUGGACCUUGCCAACAAGCCCGGACUCCGUCAAACAUUGGCCAAAGUGCUGUCAGCCCUCAAGGACGCUAGAAGAAAGCCAUGCUUUGUUUCCGACACGCCUGGAUCUGUUUCAGAAGCGGACUUGAACGUGGUCUCUGCCGACGACCUUCUAGAGGCGGGGCGAGUAGUCGAGACGCUUGAAUCUGACCCCCUUGCACUGGUCCCCAUUAUCUUCACAAGCGCAGUCAAAGGAUCCGGCAUAAACAAACUCCAUGCUUUCCUCCGGGAGCUUCCUUUACCCGCUAUUCCGGAACCACUUGGUGACUCUCCUCGUACACUGUUUUAUAUUGAGGAUAUAUAUAGCAACAUCCCAGCGCCUUCCAAACCCCUCUCGCUGAGCGCCUCAACAUCUUCUGAUCGAUCAGCGGUCGUAGGCGGCCACCUUUGCUACGGAACACUGCAUGUUGGCCACGAACUACUUCUCGGCCCAUAUCCUGUGGACACGGUCUCAGAUGACAGCGAUAGCGGUAGUGGGAGAAGAUCGACCCCUCCAAGCCAUUCGCACCGAAACUCACCUGUUCCAACAUCCCGCUCCUUCCCCGGAGCGCUGCAUAAAGGCCAAGCUGGCAAUUCAGCCUUGCGAUCUAGAUCUUAUGGGCAAGAGCGAAACGCGGAAUGGCGACGCGUGCGUAUAACUUCCCUUCGCAAUCUGCGGUUGCCUGUGCGGAGUCUACAUGCAGGUCAGGUCGGGACCAUAGGGGUAGUACCAUUGGAUCUGCCUAUCGCGAGUCCAACGGUAGUGAGGAUUAGAAAAGGCAUGGUAUUAAUUGAUGGAGCGGCCAAAGCGAACAGAGUGAUUGCGGUCCGAUUUUUGGGGGCUAAUGCUGAGGCUGUCAAGAGCCUCACUGUAGGCAGCGCCGUUGUUGCGUAUGUUGCGAGUGUACGAGCCUCUGCAAAAGUAGUGUCCGUCGCCUCCGAGACUACCUCUAUGAACGCAAACACGACUGCUCCAGAAACCCCGGAGGACGACGAGGACGGAUCGUUCGGCUUUGGGUUCGACGACGAUGAUACGAGCUUGGGCACUUUGGCCGACACUGCAGCGGCGGCUUCAACGGUUGUCACGUUCCAAUUUAUUGCCUCGAGAGAAUUCGUCGAAGUGGGUGCCAAGGUGUUGGUGCUACCCGGUGGCGGACCGGGUCUCUUUGGUGGCAAUGAGAGGGGGGAGAAAGGGGUGGCGGCUCUGGAAGGGUUUGUGGGACGCGUGAUUGAGGGGUAUUGAUAUUGGUGGUGCACGUAGGUAUGGAAUAGGAAGGUGGAUGGCAAUGGCUGCUAUAGUGGUAUUUUUAUGAUGUUUUCGGCUUCCAUUUAGUUCAAAGGGUUCAAGGAGAUAAUUGCUUACAUGAUGGCAUAGCAGUCGUGAUAGUAUUAUCCUUGUGAGUAUAAUGAAC